AUAUUUUUAGUAGGGUUGUGGGUUGCGGCUGUAUUGUUCUGCACUUUCACAAUGAAAGGCGAGACCGUGCGGAUGAAUGGCGAUGAAAAUAACGGCCUCGUGAAGGCGAUAGAGGACGACCUUGAUAAUUUAUUGCUAACGAUUGAGAAAGUGGGGAAAUCCCUGAAUUCAAGACGAAGUUCGUUGAUACUAUGUACACCAGAUUCUCCGACGAACGAAGAAAACCACUUUCCUACAAGUAAUAUUGAAAGCAAACGAGUGGAUACAAGUAGCGCAAAUUACUGCAAUUUUAAACCGUUUAGUGAAAGAGGAAACCAAGUGAAUGCAGUGAAUGGUGCUCAACGAAAGCCUGCAAUCAACAAUGAAGGCGUAGCUGAAAAUGACUUCAGUCAUUAUUUUGACUUUCCAUUAAACAUGACGUCUAAUAACGACACUUGGUUCGUAAACCACUCUAUGGAUUACGAUGCACAAAAGCCACCGUUACCACCAAAGCUUGGUCACUUACCAAAACAAAGUUUAUCGAACAAGAACGAAGUGAACUUCAUCAGUCCGGAUCGACUUAGCAGUAAAACUGUGUCAAGUAACUCAAGUUUUUCGCCAAUUUUGCUCCAAAGUUCGUUGGUUGAAACUCGGGUAGCAGACGUGUGUGGUUCGUUCACUGACAGAGAACUGGACGUGGAAGACGACCUAAUUUCUCCAGCCAGUUCAACAAAUGGGCCGAUAAACCAUGGUAUGCAUAGUGGCAAUAAAACAAGUGACCUCCACUUUAAUUCUGAACACAAACAUAGCCAAGUGAAAGGAUGGACCAACCAUAGUGGUUUUAAUGCACCUGUCACCAACACCUCUUCAAACUGCAAUAUCCCGCAAAUUAAUAUUUCUUCCUAUGGUGGAAUUGCAACACACAGUCCAGACUUGCCAAAGAAAGUACAGAAACCUGGAAAAUUCCCUACAUCUAUCACUUUAACCACGUCCACAUCAUCACUAUCGCACAACACAACUCCUUCAAGUCGAGACUAUAAUCAAAUAAACUGCACUGGCCCCUAUGACAACCUUGCACCACAACCUAAUUCGAAACCCAUUUUGCCGAGAGCUGCUUCCUCUAAAUCGGCGAUUGCUCUUGCUACUCAACAACUUCGACUUAAACACCAAGAACUGUUGGCACUUAGAAGAGGAAAAGUAAAGUCUCGAUCGUCGAGUGCGCCAUCCAGCCCCACCAUGCCAAGAAAAUUAAUCCCAGGUAAUGGGCAGCAUAGCAAGGACAGACGGGGUCGAGUAACCACAAGAUCAACAACAGGAUCUAGAGUUCGAAACACGAGCACUAGCAGUUUGCGAGCCAGAAGUCCUUCUCCAUCCAAAAGCGAGAUCCUCGGAUCCACAUCCAACCACCAUCUUCGGAGUUUUUCUUCUUCAACUUUACCAGGAACAAUAAAUGGAUCUUUAAAAAAAACCUUAUCCGUGACUUCUCUGCGGUCCCGUCGUCGUGGGAGCAACUUAUCUUUGAGUUCAUUGGACUCUGAAUGCAUUGAAGAUGAAUUGAGAGAAAUCCAUGAUGAUGCGGUUAAAGAGAGGAAAAAAGACCAAGAAGCUGCUGCUGUGGAAAAAGCGAGAUUACAAUGUAUACUUGACAUGUGCGCUGAUUUUAUUGACAACACUAUGAAAAAAGAUGAACCAAAGUCAGAAGAUAAAUCCAAAUCAGAGACAGAACCUCAGCCAUCCAAGCAGCCAUGUACUUAUCGUCGUCUUGCUUCAUUUGAAGGAGAUAUUUGGAAACAACCGUUGUCGGGUUCAAGAGUCUUUACAAACUCUGUGGAAAGUUCUUCCGAUGAACUGACGCAGAGGACUCUCCGUGCUUGUGAAGAUGCUGACCGGACUUUAAGAGCAGAGGAAAACAUCUUAGGAGCAAAUAAGGAGCGACAUCUUCCCGUGGCGGAUGUGGUUGAGAUUCAAAAACUCCGAGAAGAAGGUUUGUCUCGCAUCGAGGACAUUCAACGCAGAAUCAGUGAAUUGGAAACGCAGCUCAGCGAAUGCACAAGUGAGCUGGACAUGGAGCGUGCAUUGAUUGAGGGGGAGCUGACUUCAGAGAAAUCGAAUCUUGUCUCGGAUGAGCGAGCAUGCGAGGAGUUAAAAGAUCAAAUAAUUAACUUGGAGGAGGAAUAUAUGACACAGAGGGAAAAGCACCAAGCUAUCGUGGACAAAGAAAAAAAGAAACUCGUUGAUAUUCAAAAGAAAGUUAGUGAGACGAGAAAACAAAUGGACAAAUGCCCAGAAAGCAUGCGUGGUUCUAUUGAAGGAAUGCUGAUUAAGGAGCAGGAGGAGCUUGAUCAAGAGUCCCGAAGGUUCGAGGAUGCCGAGUUUAACUCGCUUGAAACAUUGAGUCGUUUGGAUGAAGAGAAAGAAGUGAUGCAGAAGUCACUCAUUAGGAGGAAAAAGAAACUGGAAAUGCAAAUCGAAAACAGAAAGGCACGAGUGUCCACCCUGGAUCAGCAACUCCAGGAUUUAACGGAGCAACAAAAUCUUGAGAAUCAACGAUUAAACAACGAACGAGAUUCUGCAAUCGGUUCAUUGCAGGAGCAACGAGAAGAGACGACCCUCCUCGAGAGGAAGUACCACCAACUUACUGGAGAAUUCCCUCCAUCCCUGGAUACUCCCGCAUCAAUAGCUCGAUCCCAUCGUCGCAUCCCAUCCUCCACAUCUGAUCUUCAACCUCCGGACAUCUUCAAGCGUCAGAUCAGCACUGGAAGCUCCAACUUCGAAACAAAGAUGUUCAAUUUCUCAAAUUCCGACGUGUUUUCCAAUGCUGUUAAAUCUGAAUCUCAUACAAGAAAUACAUCCAUUCAAUCUGAGGAUAAAUCAGCAACCAAAAGUCCAGUAAAACUUGGAGGAGCAACUUACAACGAUGACUCGGUCUUAACCUUUCGACCUCGAUCAAAGAACUUAGCGAAUUCCAAAAAGAUCACAUCCCACUACAGCACCCUGCGUAAAACACUAAGAAAAGAUUCUUCCUCUCCACUUUCAAUAAAGGAUGAUGAUGACCAGAUGGUGGCGCUACAGAACCGAAUCCGUGAAAGCCGUUCACUUCACACCUCACCCAGUCCUGUAACAGCGUCAUUACUUAACAGCCGUCAGAAACUUAACUCUUCUGUGCCACCUAGCUACCAACGUUUGAACUCCAACAGUGGUCACACGAGGGCACAAUCGGGUGACAAGUGGAAAGACACGACUAGCAUUAGUUCAAUGGAUAGUAUGGACACCACUUUAUCUGCUUGGUCAAUCCAAAGCCCUGAAAGCCACGAUAUGGAAAGGUUGUUUGAAAUGGAGCGUCUUAUUGCCGAUGCAACUGCUGAAAAGAAGAGGUUGUUAGCUGAAGUGAAGGGAUUACCUAUGAUGCAAACUGCUGAAAGGCCAAAUCAUGAAAUGGAAACGAAUUCUCCCGAUGCCGAUGACAUCACGCAAGUCAAGCUUCGAUCAAGUAAUGGCGAUCGAAGACAGGCUCGGCCAAUGACCCGGUAUCUCCCAGUUCGUGCGUCCGACUUUAAUCUACGCCAACAUAUAGAGUCUUGUGGUCACAACCCAUCAGCUUGUAGGCAUACGUCAAUCAAUGCAACUUCGUGCAGAGGUUACAUGACAAAGAUGGGCGGUCGUAUAAAGACUUGGAGGAAAAGAUGGUUCGUGUUUGAUCGAAUGAAGAAAAGUUUGAGUUAUUACAGUGAUAAACAUGAGGUUAAGUUGAAAGGAAUGAUUUAUUUUCAAGCAAUUGAAGACGUUUUCUUUGAUCAUCUCAAGUCACACAAGAGUCCUAACCCAUCGUUAACGUUUUGUGUGAAAUGUUACGACCGUGUUUAUUACCUGGUUGCCCCGUCAUCUGAAGCAAUGAGAAUCUGGAUGGACACGUUAGUCACCGGUGCAGAGGGGUACAGGGAAUAUAUGAAAACCUUUGAAUGAGCAAUAGCCAUAUAGUACUGUGGUGUAAGGUGGGACACCUAUCGCACACAACUUCUAAAUGUCUUGACCAUGUUUUAAACAAUAUGAUAAUACAGCAGUAAAAUUCAACAAAUGUUCUUCAUGUAUCACCGAAGAGUCUUAAGAAAAAAAGAAUAAAACCAUGUCCCAUCUUACCCCAACCCCCACUAUAAUCCUCACCUUGCUACACACAUUUCCUUGCCACGAUUUUAACAUUGCUUAGUCUUCCCUAAUUCAAUAUGUACUGCCAUGUGCGCAAACGGGUUUUUAAUUAUUAAAUUUUUCUUCAUUUUAAUACACUGCUGCUUUUAUACCCUUCCCUUUUCAAGUGAAUGAAAGUGCAGUAUUCAUGAAAUUUCAAUUGUUUUUAUUCAGCAUCAACUUUUAAUCGUUCAGUGUAGAAUCUGAGACUCUACACAAUCAAGUGCUCGGGAUUUUAUCAAAUUGUUGUUAUUUUUAAAAAAUAAAGAAACCGCUGCUUUUGGCAAACGAAGCACCCACAA